AUGCUUUGGCCAGAUUUUCUUUGCCCACUCUUUUUUGUGAGUGUGGGCAUAGCUGUAGUGGAUGCUUUUGGUGCUUACCGUCCUAAUCCCAACCAUUUCAGUGCCUACAACUCGGAAGUGAAUCCUAACUACAGCUCUGGGAAACCAACUGCAAGACACAAGAACCACUGUGCAUAUGUAGUGGAAAAGAGCGUUUCCUAUACUGUUCAGGAUGGUGCAGCUCCUUAUGUGAAGGCCGAGUACAAAAAAUGUGGCUAUGGAAAAAAGUGUCCAGCAAUUAAGUACCGGAUGUUCUACAAGCCAAAGUAUAAGGUGGCGUACAAGACAAUGACUGAGUUAGAGUGGCGCUGUUGUCCUGGAUUCUCUGGUGUCGGCUGUACUCAUGGACAUGCACUUUAUGGAAUGAAAGCAAUGCCCCCAUUUAAAGGUCCUGCUCCAUCAUACAAGGGUGUGCCCUCUCAAAAAGGUCCCCAGCCAUCCCUUAAAGGCCCUAUGCCUUCUUACAAUCGGCCUAUGCCAUCCCUCAAGGGACCAAUGCCUCCUUUUAAGAGACCUAUGCCUUCUUAUAAAGGUUAUUCAAACAAAGGCCCAAUGGCUCAACCCAACUAUAACAGAAACCACUGGAAUCAACCAUUAACACCAUUUAAUUCAAUGGGUGGGUAUCCUAGCCCUAAUGUUCCACCAUCCUAUCCGGAAACCUUAUAUAGACCCUAUACGGACCCUGAGACAGAUCACCUUGAUCCUGAGCCAGAACAACACAACCCGCUAACCAAUGAACAAGAUUCUGAACAUGAUCAAAUUCCAGACGGUCAUGAACCUUUAACAGACUAUCAGGAUGCCUUGCCAGCACCCCAGGAGUCAGUUCCUGAGACACAGGCUCCCUCUGGUGACAGUGAGCUAAACCAUGAUACAGAAGAGAACAGUGCAACCAUAGAACGUUUAAAUCAAAUGGAAGAGGAUGUGCAGCGACUCUCACUCGGUAUUGAGACUCUCCGUGCCAAGAUGACAAGCUUAGAGGACCAUCUGCGGGCCUCACUCAGAGAGGACACCAAUCGCAUGAUCUCUACCAUCUUAUCUGCAGCUCCAGCUUCAGCUGCUGCUAAAUCUCAAGACUCUGUUGGUUUUGAGCAGCUUUCUGGUGGGGCACCAGAUCCAGACAUUGACGGCUCAGAUGCGUUAACGCAACUUCCAAAUCUGGGUGAGCUGGCUGAAAAGGUGGCAGAACUGCAAUCUAUACUUCUGUCUAGGAGUGCAGAACUGUCAGAGAUGAAAAAGACAGUUUUGGAACAUGAUAACACCCUGAAUAUGCUAAAUAACGAAACAGUGAACCUCACAGACUCUCAAGCCCUGGAGACCAUGGUGGAUGCAAAACUUAGUGAAGCAGAAACAACCAUGUUUGGAAGAUUUGAGAAGCAUAUGAAGAGUGCAGAGGAGCGUUGCGAUGGUCGCUUGACAGAGGUGGUGCUCCAGUGCAACCAGAAAAUUAUGCUGGGACAAGAACAGCUGGAGCAGGUUAUAAAUAGUAGUGUGAUGGCUUUGAAGAAUGAGCUUAGGAAUUUCCAUGCUGACCUUCAAGGCCUAGAACCUGAAGAUUCCUGUUGCAUUGCAAUGUCGGGCUUGACCGAAAGACUUGUACUGAUUGAACACUCGAUGGACGGCCUGAACCAGUCCCAAGUGCACCUUCGGGCUGAACUUGGAGGUCACAGAGACCACGUGGAGGGCAUGAUCGAGGGCAGACUGGGCUAUGUGGAAUCAAUUCUGACCACAACAGAACAACAACCUGGAGUUGGCAGCAGAAUAGCCAGUAAUGUAGAAGUAUGCCUGGAGGAAAAGAUAAUAGACCUUGAAAAUCGACUGUUUGCUGCAAUUGAGGAACUUGGUAAUACUACAUCUCCAGCUUUAUCUGAAGGUCAGGUAGUGACCACUUUGGCAACAGAAGUCGAGGCUCUUAAACAGAGAAUAGAAGGUGAUAUGGAGAACAUUCAGAAGCAAUUAGGCUCUCUGGAACUCCUUUGCACUACAUCCUGUGGCCCACAACCAGUCCUUACAGGAUAUUCUGCACCACUGCUAACAGAGGAAGAAGACCAGAAACACAACGAACUUAAUAAACAUCUUAGUGCACAGACAGAAAGAUUAGACCAACUGAACACCACACUGAACUCUUUACUAACCCAGCUGGCUAAGAAACAGGACGAGAAGACACUUCAGGGUGAAGUAACCCUACUUAAGGUGAGCAUACACUCUGUCAAUCAUACCCUAGGUGGACUGAAAGCCAAUUUCGGAAAAGUGGUGCAAAAAGUUGGACAGACCAACCUCACCUGGCAGGAGCGUGAGGAGAGGAUAGCGCAGCAGGUUAAGGGUGUGGUGCAGCUGGUCGGGCAGCAAGCCUCCAUGCUUGGCGCCGGGGAGAGAAGGCUGACCCGUCUAAAAGGCGAGCUGCAGGAUCUGAGACGCAGACUGGCCGGGGAGCUCCAGACCUGUCGCUCUACCGCCCUGGGUGUCCAAAAAGAGGUGAAUGAGGUCGGGGGACGAGUGACUCGCAUAGAGGGUCAGUGUGGUGGCCUGGCACGACUAACUGAAGAUUUGGAAAUGGUCAGAGGAGAACUGGAGAAGCACACAGAUGGCUACUUUUCACAGGUCAACAACACGCUCCUCAAUCAUUCCCUCCAGCUUUCUGAACUUAAAGAGGGGCUGAAAAACUGCUCUGAAGUUCCUGGGUCUACAAUGUCAACAGGCUUCAUAACAGCAGGUCCGACAGUGUCAGAAAAAUCAACACCCGAACCACCACAACCAAGAGGAGACCAGUUUAUGGUUCCCAAACAGGGUAGAGAUGAGCAGGAACUCACAUGA